ACCAUCACAGCGAACAUGACGUUCACGAAGACGUCGCAGAAGUUCGGGCAGUGGAGCGACGUGCGCGCCAACACGGUGUACGGGCUGGGCUUCGCGUCCGAGGCCGAGCUGGGGAAGGUAACGUCGGAGUCUUAUCGUUUGUUGCAAGUAGUCACAAACAUAAACAGCACCAUCACAUUGAACAUGACGUUCACGAAGACGUCGCAGAAGUUCGGGCAGUGGAGCGACGUGCGCGCCAACACGGUGUACGGGCUGGGCUUCGCGUCCGAGGCCGAGCUGGGGAAGGUAACGUCGGAGUCUUAUCGUUUGUUGCAAGUAGUCACAAACAUAAACAGCACCAUCACAGCGAACAUGACGUUCACGAAGACGUCGCAGAAGUUCGGGCAGUGGAGCGACGUGCGCGCCAACACGGUGUACGGGCUGGGCUUCGCGUCCGAGGCCGAGCUGGGGAAGUUCAUUGAGAAGUUCCAAGAGGUGAAAGAGGCGAUCCAAGCGCAGCAGUGCGGCGCGACGGCCAAGAGUAGCAACGGGUCGGGCGCGGCCACACCCGUCGCGUCCGCCACCGCCAGCCCGCUGCUGGCGGCGCGCGCGCCCGCCGCCGACGAGCCGCCCGCGCUCUCGCCCGCGCAGCCUAAAUCAGAAAACGAUGAGUUGAUGGUUCACCAGCGCGCGCACUCCGUCUCCUCCACACUACAGGGCGGGGGCUACGCCACAGUGGGGCGCGCGCCCCGCGGCCCGCUGGCGUCGGCCGGGGCGCCGCCCGACGCGUCCAACGCCGACUCCACGGAACAGCAGCUGCGGUACGAGAACGACCGGCUCAAACUGGCACUGGCACAGAGUUCAGCGAACGCCAAGAAAUGGGAAGUAGAGCUGGCCACCCUGAAGAGCAACAACCUCCGACUGACCGCCGCGCUGCAGGAGAGCACCGCCAACGUGGACGAGUGGAAGAGACAACUGCACCAGUACCGGGAAGAAGUGGCUCGCGCCAGACACUACGCCACGGGGAAAGGCGGCGACGCCAACGAAGUGGAGCAGCUGCGACAGCGCGUGGCGCAGCUGGAUGCGGAGUUGACGCAGAAGAAUGAGGAGCUCGCACAAAUCACCAAGUCGAAGAAGAGCGAACAGGACGCAGAGGCUAAGCUGGCGCAGAGUCAGCUGGAGCUGGCGCUGGCAGCGCAGGACGGCCAGAAGCAAGUCAUACACGCGCUCAACGACCAACUGUCGCGGCAGAUCGACGAACUGUCGAACAUCCACCGCGAGAUCAACACGGCGCUGCAGACAUGAGAGCCGGCCGCGGCGCCCGCCGCCCGCCGCCUGCCGCUGCUGCUGCGCGAGCGCUGACUCCGCCCCGCCCACCGCUCACCUCUUCACGUGCGACUUCUGCUAUUAUUUCGAACUAGUGAUGACCUUUAUGUGUCAUCUAAACACUAUCCAAAAUAUGAAUUUGUGAUUUCCUUUUUUAUUUUUUAGGUUAACUAACGCCGGGUUUACAUGUGCGUAACGUUUAUGUAAUGUAACGUGUAUUGUAACGCUAAUAUUGUGACAGAGCGUUAGAUUGAAAAGAAAAACGGUUCAACUCAAGUUGCGACAUCUGCUAUUAUUUGGAACAUUAUAAACUUUUUAUUUAUUAUUUUUAUAGGUUAUUUAACGCCAAGUUUGUAUGUGCGUAACGUUUGAUGAAGUGUAACGUGUAUUGUAACGAGUAUUUGCGAGGGUCCAUUUGUUUAAUUUAUUAGCCAUCCCAUUUAGAAUUCAUACGGGGCCUUUAUUUGAACUGGUUUAUCGAACCAGUAGCGUAACUAUAUAUCUAAGGUCAGUGGAUAAGCACCCCAGUAAAAAGGCGCAUGAUUUUUUUUUAACGUUAGACAUAGACAGGCCAUAUAGUUUUUUUUAGCACGUUUUUCUUUGAGUGCGUUUGCCAUACACACUAUUCGCGUUACACUUCACGUUACGUUACAUUACAUGUUACGCAUGUCUGGACCCGGAUUGGACAUUGAUCGAAUGCGUUUCUGACGUGUGUUUGUUGGUCAUACAAAACGAAAUGUUGGCAUAACCUUCAAAUAUAUCAUUUGAAUAUUUAAUUAAUUUAAGAUUAAGAUUUGAACAUUUUAGUAAUAAUUACUCGUAAUUAUUGAGUAACGCAUCUAAUGUAUUUCAUCGACACUUCAAAGUUCAUUGAAUAGAUCCGAUUACGGCCCUUCAGAGACGCAUUAUUUCAACGGACAGACUUAAAUGAUGAUCACUUAUUUGUCAGCUAAGUACGCGAAUUGUAUAUGAAAUGUGUUUUUUUUUUUUAAUUAGUGCGUACACACCUUAAUAGUACACAUUAUGCGUUUAUUAUGUGUAUGAAGUGUAAAACGCGACUUCACUCGGAAACUGACUGAUAAUGACAUCUUGCAUCCAUUUAUAAACAAAAUGUGUGAAUUUGAACUUAUGUCUGGUAAAAAUAAAUUAGAUAAAUUCUAGUUGUUGCAUAUACAGGGUCUCCCGUAAUUAAUGGAUAAAACGCAAAUGAUGCCACUUAGUUAUUGUCGAAAAGUAAUUUGAAUAGUUUUGAAAAAGUCGCUAUAGUGACCGGUUUUUCGGAUUUUUAAAAUUUUUCUAUUUUAAAUCAGUUUUUUCAUUGCGUAAUUAAGAUUAUAAAGAUCUGAUUUUUGUUAAACAUUGCUGUUUAAAUUACCAAUGUAGCAUAAUAAUAUUUUAUGAAUAAUGUUUUAUUUUUUUUGUAGAAGACGCAUUGAGUGCAAUAAUUAUUUUGCUUUCAUUGCAUUGAAAAAAAGGAUUCAAGACAGAAAAAUUUUAAAAUUCCUAUUAAAAAAUAUAUCUUGGUUCCCCUAGGGAUGUUUUCAAAAUUCGAAUUAGUUUUAGAUAAUUAGUUGGUUUAUCUACCAUUUGCGUUUUAUCCAUUAAUUACGGGACACCCUGUAUAGUAACUUGUAUAGAACUGACAGUGGGCGUUCAACUAUACAUGAGAAUAAGACUUGAAUAACGCAUACCUAAAUUUUGUUUGAAACAUUUGGUGGGACAUUCCUUGAUAUUACUGUGACACUUAUUAUUGUGUUUAAUUUUUGAUCCCCACCUGGGAGAUGAACAAAUAAAAAAAAUACUGUAAAUAAAAUAUUGACAUUUUUCUUAUUAAAUAUUGAUUCUCCGCUGACUGAGAUGAGAGAGGGAAUUGUCAAUCAAGUUGAUUGAUUACCAGUGAUCUUAUGCUCUGUAGUUAAAACUCGAAUAAAACCAGUAUUUAUUUUAAAAUUAACUUAAUAUAUUAUUUAUUUUUAAAUAUUAUGAUUUAUUUUAUUGUUUCGAAUAUUUUAAAACUUUAGUCACCAAUGUUCUGUAACGAUAAUAGUUAUCUUUGUUGCUCGCGGUGCGCAAAAUUCUACUUUAUCCGCUAGUGUGGAAAGUAAUCUAAAUUUUGGAUGCAAUAAACAUCAGAAUUGUAUUUCUAGCAUAAUAUAACAUUUUCCUUGCUGUAAUUAGACGAAAAGUUGUGUGUAUAAUUACAGCUGCAUUAUUAUUAUCAUUUCGUGACAUUGAAUCGAGUCAGUAAGAAUUCGAGAUCAGUAUUUUAUCUAUAUUUAAUCUUAGAAUCCUUUUCUUGUUGACGAUAUACGAGUAUUACGAGUAUGCUGAUAAAUAAUUUAAAGUGCGGUUUUUUGCAAUUACACUUACAAAAAAUGUUUGAUAAAUUUUCAAAUACCUAAUUUAAUCCCCUUUGUUAGGGAUUGUUUAGGAUUCAGUUACUAAGCAGUUUAGUUGAAAGUAAAAACAAGAGUACUGUUUUUGUAUGCGGACAAUGUGAGCUAUUUUAUUAAUUGGCUGUCACAGUAGGAACUCUCUGCUUAGUUUAGGUUAUGGUGACAUAAUAUGUAUAUAAAUUACGAUAUGUAUUAUAAUAUUUUACAAUUUAUUUGUUAAAUAAUAUAAUUUGGUGCUAGAUCAUAAUUUUAAUUUGUUUGAUUUUGUAUUAAAUUUUAUUACUCGAAAGUUCUAUAUUUGAAUUAAAUAGAUUAUUGUCUAUAAUUAUUAUAGUAAUUUAGUGAAUUUCACAUUAUACAGGCCCGGUUUCACAAUCUUCUGUUGUAGGUAGUUUAACCGGAAGUUUUGCCACUUUUAUACUUUGUACCAAUCUUGCCGACGCUCCACAGUUACGCCCGCAUAGUGCCCGUUCCCGUGAGAAUACGGGGAUAAAUUAUAUAGUCUAUGACACUCGCAAAUGACGUCGCUUUCUAGUGGUAAAAGAAUUUUCAAAAUCGGUUCAGUAGAUCCAGAGAUUACCCCCACAAACUUUACCUUUUUGUAAUAUUGGUGUAGUCAAAAGCAAAACUUGUGAAUAAGUUAUUUGACACUUAACAGGAGGUGGUGAAACCGGACCUUGAUGUUUUUGUUAUGUAUAUUUAAUUUAAAUAAUCCAUUUCUGACACUGGUUUACUAUUUUUUUUACCUGAAAGUCAUAUUAUAAUAGCAUAAAGAAGUCCUUCAAAGAAGAGUAUUAUAAUGCAUUGCAAUUAAAGCAAAGCGAAAAUCCAUAAGAACUUCACAGUUAUUUCAGUUCGCACUUCGCGUUAUACGGAGGCGCUUAAUUCAAAUGAAAAGUUUUAACCUUUAUAUUUUGUUUUAGGGUUGUCUUUAUGCCUUUGCAUAAACAUAUUUAUGUAUAUACAGACAACCUAAAGUACAUUCUGAGAUUAGAUAGUAUACUAGUUUUCCUAAAUGACGUAAAGGUCAUCGGGUACUAACCUAUAUCGCACGAUUUCCGCACACGUUCGUUUGCUAUUCAAAAGUAGACCUUAAGAACUGUCUUCUGAGAUUCGUUAAUGAAGGACACGCAAAGGGAACAUCGUUUGAGUUGUCAAUUAUAUUGUCUUGUCAGUUAUAAAUGCUUUCAUAGGACAAGACAUUUGAAAGUCUAUAAUUGCUUGGCAAACUGCAAACUGUGCGUGAAGGGGUUACCAUCAUUAAAAAAUGAAUUCCCAAAUAAUUCGUGAUAUAAUGUAAAUAAUAAUACUCAAUUGUCGAUGUUUUUGAAACCGCUAACUUCAAGGCGUUUUAGUGACUAUUAUUUCUUAAGAUUUAUUGUAACCUGGUGGAUAUCUUAAGUUUAAGAGUUUAACCAACCCACCUUAUUAAUAAAGUCUAUCGAUGCCAUGCCAAAAAAAUCACUAUUAAGUAAUAGUAAAAAUGAAACUGCACGUAGAUAUAUUAUAUCGACUAAAUUUCCUAAAGCUCAUCGCACACUACACAGGGCCGUACAUUGAGGGAAGUGGGUGACAAAAUAUAAAAUUAAAAAACUGGAUGAAUCUAUAGAAUACCACAUAGCCAGACGUGACGUCAAUAAAAGUACGAAAACUGGUAUAAAAUCGACGGAAACGGAAAUGCUACUCUCAAUAUAAAGCUUCCAGUUACGGUCAAUAUUUUAAUAGGUUGAAUCUAUUGGUAGAUUGACUUUCUACCCAUAUUCGUAUUGGUUUUGUCUUUAUAAAAAAAUAUUAUACCAUUAUGCGAAAAGACAACUUAUGCAGCCGAAAAGGCUGAAUAUCGUAUUAUGGUAAUGGAUAAUUUGUUAUUGACACCUAAGUAUACCGUGGCAGAAUUAGUACGGUAAAGAAAAGAGUUUGAUCUCUGUUGGUUCCGCAACUUUUUGAAAUGUAUAAAUUUAAAAAUUUUCCAAAAUUUCAAAAUUUACCUUAGCUUGCCGGUAUGAAUGCAACAUUUUGUACAGUCCUGUGUAUGGUACGGAGUUAUUACUUCGACUAUUUCGCCUGAUCGGGCCUCUUCUAUGUGUGUAUUUAUAAACUAUUCCUUAAUGAUAAAGUUGUUUGGGCCCAUUAUAUGCCCUAUUGUGUGACGAUGUUCGGAGGGCGUGAAUGUUACAAUCAAACCUGAAUAAAUGGUUUUCUACUUAUUAUAAUAUAUUAGACUUAAUCGAAACCUUUUCACAACAAAAAAGUUGUUUAAAUUUAUAUUAAAUAUAUAUAUAAGAAAAAACUAUACAUGUUGUGCGUUAAGUAAAGAAGGUUUUCUUCUGCUUUCUAAUGAUUUUAAAAUCAUUUAUUCUGGAUUGACGGUCGUUAAAUAUUACGCUAAGGUUCUACUAACUCGUAGCAUAAAGGUAAACACAUACUACAUGCAUAUUUGUGGGGAAUGUUGUGAAUGGAAGGGUGUGGCUAUAGCUCUGUAUACACAUCCAUAAGAUUGUCUGAAGCAAACCUUUGUGCUACGGUGUUCGUCGAGGUUUGGCUAAUAGGGAGAUGUUAAUUAACUUUACUAUUCUGAUUAAACUUUUUGGAAAAAGAUAGGUAAAAUUAAGAAUUAUUACGUAGUGAGUAAGUGUUUAUAAGUAAUGUAACAAUGAUUCCUUGAAACACGAUCUGUGCUGCAUUUCUUUACAUCACUUGAUAUUAUUUGUCACUAAUCGUUUGCGUAUACGUCAGAAUGUGGAGUGAACGGUAGCUUUCGUAUUUUGAAUUUUUCUACAUUAAUAAAUCGUAUAGUUGUGCAAAUAUAAAUGUAUGUUAACUUUGAAUCGAAAUAUUCAUUGACGGUAAUGUUGACUUUUAAGGGAUGUGACGUUUUUCUUGAUGUCGCUGCACAUGGGAAUUAUGUCCGUUUCAUUCAUGAUUUAUGGUUGAUUGAACAGUAACGUAAUUGAAACAGUCGAUUCUACCAAUUGACGCACUAAGAGCGGUUUCAGACUAGCGUUUUAUACGCGCAUAUGAGUUCUUUUUUGGAAGCGCGUAUAGGCGCGCCUUUUGGUACACGCUCAACUCGUACGAGCGUUGACGUGCUUUUUCGGUCGUAUAUGUUUUUUUGAUAUUGACACGACACCACCGGUUUGAGCAAACACGCCGAAAUAUGCCCCUUUACGCGAGUCCGGUUUUUUAAAGCGCGUAUGCUGAAACGACCGUAUACGCGCAAAAAAUACGCUAGUCUGAAAUCACUCUAAGGAACUAAGUGCUGACAAAAAUUUUAAGCGUGUCAAAAGUUAUUUCUUGAAAAAAAGCAACAAUACGGACGGGCCACCAUGUGCGGUUUUUAUUAUUAUUAGUGAAUUAGUAAUUUUUAUUAAUUAAUUAUUAAUAUUAUGUAUCAAUUAAUUACCAUUCCUAGUCUUAAGAUAAACUAAUCAUCACUGUCCGUCUAUGAAUUCCCGGAUACGUUUAAGAAUAUUUUGUCGAGGAUAUUUUGAUUAUUUUCCUUCGAAACCCUGUAUCGCAUAGAUCCCUUAGCAAAUUAGUAAAUAUUGUUUCACAGUUAAAAGUUGGCUGCAGAUUUGGUCUUGAAAACAGUUUUAUUUAUUGACUUAUUUUGUACAAUACAUUUUAUAAGCUGAUCGGUGUAUAUUUUCCAGUAUUAUUUGACAUUAAUAUGAAUGUACUGAAUUAUAAAGGGUGACAUGGAACAACAGUGCGGAUUGCUAAAGUCGGCGAUGACAUUUACUUGAAAUUCGGUUUUUUUCUUAGAUUCUGCAGCUGACUAUUAUCUGUCGGGAUAAAGGGUUCGCUCCCAUACACCAGUCACGUCGAUCAGGGAAAGACAGUGGAGCCGAUUUUUUUUAAGUAAAUACAUUUUUUUUUGGAUAUAACUUAGUGGAUAACUUCUUAUUCCUCACAAAGAGAAAUUAAAUGAAGAAAACAAGUAGAUAGAUGUAUUUUAAGGUUUUGGAAGGAAUAUUUUGAUUGUAUCAGUGAGGUGUACAGGACGAGCGUUUCAAUCGCGAGCUUUUCAAUCCAUCAUAAAAUGGGAUAUCUAUACAAAUAAGAAAUACAAAAAUUAAAAGAAUUAAAAAAAAACUUACAUAAAUAAUUAAUAUAUAACGUACAUGUAGAAGUGGUUGACUCACGUCUAAUAACACCGAGGAACAUAAACGUGACGGUGAACGGCUGGUGUGUGGGCGUGAACCCUUAAUAUGGAAACACAUAAUAUCAUUGAAAAAGGCUGAGGACACAAUUUUUAAAAUAUACAAUGUCUUCUAAACAGGGUACUUUUAUUUGUUGUUGUGUACGUUUGAAUAGUGGCGUUGUUAUUCGAUUUUGAACUCUCGUCUACUUGGGAAUGCGAUACGAAUUUGAAUGGGGUGAAGUUACGCCAUUUAAUCACGAGUCUUAAUAGUAGUAUUCUGUAUAGUAUAUAUAGAAUAUGAUAGUGUUCUAACUAUGUAUAUGUAAAUUAUAUUUGUCUGUCUUGUUUGCCUAUGAAGUGCAAAUGACUAAAAACGACAUAUUGCAUUUAUUCAUAGACAAUAAUAUUCAAGCUAAUUUAGAUGCGAGAUAAAAAUAAUUUAGAUGUAACAAAUCACAAAAAAACAUUCCACAAAAAAAAAAAAACUAUUUCAAAAUUGUCAUUAGUUUAACAGACUUUCAAAAAAGAGAAUGGUCUCAAUUUGAUCAGUAUGUUUUUACUAAUCAUACCAAAUUAAUGGGAGAAACAUUGCUUUAUUAUUAUUAUUUUUUAUAUAUUUCAUAAAGAUGGCGACCAAUUUUCUUAUUCAAAUUCGUAUAGCAUACAAUUACAAAAUACAUUUUCGUAGUGGCAGUUUGUUGAAAAGUUUUCUUAUACAAACUAUUUCUGAAACCCUUUCUGGUUUCGGACCAAAAAAAAAAAACUAGCCUGUAACCAUUGAUAUAGGAAACCAAAGAAAAACCGAACAUCACAAUGGACAUACAAGAUAUACGUCAAAAUGGACAUUUGACCCGUAUUAUAUCUUUGGUUUGAUAUACCAAUGCCUGUAAUAUAUGUAAUCAAAAUAUGUUAACCUGUUAAUAUUUCAUAUAGGGAAAUGUUGUCUAUUGUAUGGUCUGUCAGAUCGCAGUCAGUCUACAUUUUUUUAUUUAUAGUUAAGUGCUACUCACAUGGGCAUAAAACAUUGCUCACACUCAGCAAUAACCUAUGUAUCAAUUAUGUUCAGCAGGGUUAAUUUAUUAUGUAUUUCGGUAUACGAUUUAAGCUCAGACCAAUUAUUGUUAUGGACCUGCCUCGCUAGACGUUACUUUUCCGUCAAAGUAUAUGAUCAACGAUCUAAUGCGAUUAUAAAAACUAUUUAUAUAGUAUCGAUGUUUUAUACUUGUAAUCGUGUUAGUCGGUCGUAAAAUUAUUUUUUUUUGGUUGAAUGGUGUAAAAAACGGGCAUAAUAUAUAUCAAAUCUAAGCUCGUUUUCUUUAGAAAAUGACAGACAAUUUUGUUCGUGAAUUUGGAUGCGAUACUGGCAUUUCUAUAAUUGGUCUGAGGAUUUAAGACAUACGCCAUUUCAUAAAGGACUGAUUUUUCGGUUUUGCCAGCAUUUAACAUUAAUAUUUCAACGAAAUUACAUUAGGAUAAUUUCAUUUCGUUAUUAUCGUAACGUCAUUUUCUUGUAAUAACCAUAUUUCGUAGAUUAUGACAAAAACGAACAAUCAUUGUCACUUUAUGUAAGUGGCUCUAGUCUUGAAUUUUACACCGAGACACAUAAUUGUAUGAUAAUGAGACCAUAGAGAUCGUUUGUUUUUUUUUCUGAAAUUUCAUCCACUCGUUAUAUUGUUAUUCUAAUUUUCAUUGACUUUUGUUUUUGAUUUACCGUGAAAAAUAGCUAAUUAACACGGCAUUAUGUAGAAUAUACUAAAUGCCAACAAUAUGUUAGACUUAUUGUGAUCUCCCAGAUGACACAGUCGGCCACAUUAAAUGAAUACAUGAACGAUAUUCUUUGUUAGUUAAAUUAAACAAAUUAUACCUAGUUCUAGCGGAAAAAAAAAAUGAAUUAAAUGUUUUAUAGUCACUCACUAUUUAUUUGUACAUGGAAAUCUGUUUCACUAAUGUAAAAUUAUAUAGAGAAAAAAGAAAUUAUGUAGACAACCAAAAGAUCUGUUGGUAAAUAAAGUGUAUUAUAGUGUUAGGUGUAUAAGUGUUAAUUUCUAAUUCGUCAGCCGGUGUUCAGUGUGAUUACAAUAUAUACGAGAUUUAAAACGCUAUCUAAAGUAUUAUUAGCCAUAUCUGACGUAAUAUUCGCCAUUGAUUGUUAGUGGGCUCAUUUUCAGCACUUGUGUUGAAAAUUAUGUUUAUUGUUAGGAUGACAAUACCUGCGCAUUACGCUAUGGUGUAGUAUAACAGUCCUCCGCUUAUAGUAGUAGGGGAGCCCGAGAUGCUAAAUUUGCAGUUACUAAAGCGUCAUGGGGACCGAUUGCAUUUGGUGGAUUAAAUGAUUGGAUUAAUAAAUGGAUAUAUACUUUUUUCGAUUUCAGCGGUGGCAAAAAAAAACUAGACUAAAAAAAUUUUAUUACUUUGGACUACUGAAAUCGUUAGAAAACAUGAGCGAUUAUUCAGGAGAUUAUUUCACUCAUAAUAAGUUAAAAAUUAACCACGCUCGUGGUUUGAUAACAGAAAUAUAAGGAUUUUAUUUUGUAACUUUGGACCCUCCCAUUCCAUUACGUUACACUCAAAUCGUCAGGUUUUCGAAAUGCACACCUUUUAGCUAUCAACUCACCUACCUUAUCUUAAUCUGACGUGCUGGUUGAGUAUUUCCGAAGUUAGUUUUUUUUUGGUUGCCCUAAAUGUACCCCCCCCAAUAUUAUGGGCUCAUAUUUGGUGGAGGUACUCAACAACGUGCAAGGUAUAGUCCCUUGUGUUUAUCUGCCGCGCUCGAGUAACUGCAAAAAUCCCCUCUUCGGCUCCCCUACUAUUAACUUGACACCUGGCUCAAAUGAUGUUUGUACUGUGAUUGUAUGGUUGUAUUUGAUAGCCAGGUGUUAUGUUAAUGCCCAGAGUUAUUCACUCUUGCAUACAUAGGCGUAUAAAGCGGGAGAGCCGGGUGGGCCGUGCCCACCCUAGAAUGGUCCUGUGCCCACUUUAGAAUUCUGGGCUAUCGAUUUAAAAUUCUUUGAUGGACGCCAAAAUACAAAAUAUACAAAGUCAAUAAAAUCAGUAGACCCGUUUCAGAGGCCAGCGUCCACAAACAUUGUAAACGAAAUUUGUAUAUUAAGUGUCGACUCUGCACAGGGCCCCAGGCCCACCCUAGGAAAUAAUCCUAGAUACGCCACUGCUUGCGUACUUUCUGUUCGUAACGCUACGAGUGCGGCGCAUCAUAUUACGUCAGAUUGAAUGAUGCUCACUAAAACAAUCGAAAUGUUAACUUCACAGACAAUUUAACAACUAAUGACGAUUUAUUUAUUAUAAUAAUUAGUUGUUUGUAUUAUUGUUUUGCCAAGAUGUAAAUACGCGAAUUUCUAAAUUUUUAAUUCUUAACUUAAACGUAAUUGGAAAAUUAUAUACGAACACUUUAAAUAUUAAUAAAAAACUAAUCGUAUUCGGAGACGAUACGAUGAUUAAAAUAAAUUAAAUUGAAUAAUUAUUAUUGUAAAAAAAAUACAUUUAUUUCGUCAUUAGGUACUGAUUGAAAUAUUUUGUUUAGUUACAAUGGCCUGUGGUGUAAUUCCUCCCACCGAAACUUUCCAUUAAUUGGAGUGCCAAUAAUUUACCACUUUUUAUGUUCAUUUAAUUGUAGCUUAAUGUAAUAACUAGGGCCGUUGUUGCUACUAAAAUAAAGGUUGUUGUAUUGUAAUCGCAUUAUAGUAUGUAAUUAUUUAUUAUUAGAUAGUCUGCAUUGCGUUUGUUUUUAAUUAAAUUAAAAAAAUUCUGAAUAUUUUACGAAACGUGCUCUCUAAUAAUGUGGAGAGUUAAAGAAAUUAAUUGCGUAUUUGAUAGUUUCAUUAUUUUUCAAAACUUUUGACAUAAUUAAUUUUUGAUGAAAAAUCAAUAAUAAUUUUCGAUAAUGUUAUUCAUGCAAUUGUUAUGUUGCUUACUAAUUAUUUAUUAAUGAAUAUUGUUUUUUUUUUUUUUACUGAGUUUUGACAAGUUUAUUUAGUGUAUUUUUUGUAACAGAAGUUGUUAGACCAUCGCAAGUGCAGCGCAGACUAUACUAUGUGUACGUUAUCUUCCAUUAGAGUCGUAGUCGCUGUGAGCUACAUAUGCGUAUUAACAAUAAAUAAAUUAAAUGAUGAUUUCAA